AGAGAAACACCGAAGUUCUGCCUCUCCUCACAGAAACACCGAAGUUCUGCCUCUGGAAACUUCCAGCCCUGUGAGAUCCCUGAGCUGUCUGCUGAAUCUUUUCGGAUGACUCGAACACUUGUGUCAGGAGAGGGGUCUCCGGGUUUGGUAUGAUGAGGACAAGGAUGACAAGGACUCUCCUUCCCAGCAUCCUUCCAACAGGAAGAGCCGUCACACGGACCACCUGGCUGAGAACAGUCUGGUUCCAGAAGACUAUGACUCUUCAUGUCUGCCUCCUCCUCCCAAAAGGAGGAACCGCCACACCAAGCUGAAGACAGACCACCGGGCCGAGAACAAACUGAUUCCAGUCUUUGCCAGGAUGAGCCUGGAGGAUGUCCCCAGAUCUGAUGCUGCUGCUUCUGCUGCUUCUGUUGCUUCUGCUGCUGUUGCUGCUGGUGAUGCUGUUGUAGCUUCAGAUAUUCAGGGGGCUUCUUCAAAGAAAGUUCAGGAGUGUCCUCGCAAGAGGAAGCUGGAUGACCUGAAGCAGGAGCUGAGCAACAAGCAGCGCAAGGUGGAGGCCUACCGUAGGGAACUCCAGGCCACCAUUGAACAGAAGCUGAAGGAGCUGAAACAGGAAGUGAUUGAGAGGGAGAGGAAGGAGAGGGCAUCCUUCAAGGUUACCACGGAUACGCAGAGUGGCAGACGCAAGGUGUGGAGGAGAAAGCAAGGCAACUCCUCAACACAGAAGGCUGCCCAGCCACACCCACUAAAGAGACUGCCUGACAACUCCCAGCUUCCAGGGAGCACAGAGGCAGACUCACAGUGACACGUCACUGGUAAGUGGGAGUGGCAUGUUAAGUUUUCAUUUGUUGAUAGGUUAGGUAUACAAGUAGGUAUCUGAAUGUAGAUGGAUGGGUGGUUUUGGUGAGUAGAUUGAAGGUUUAGAAGAAAUCAGUUAAAGUUGGUGAAUGGGUGUAUCUAUGUAGAUUGGUCUGAUAGUGGAUGAGUAGGUUUAUGUAUUCAGGUUGAGUGGGCAGAUGGGUGGUAUUAUGUUAGUGGGUUGUUUUAUGUAGGUGGGUUUAGUGGGUGGAUGGGUGGUCUUAUGUUAGUGGGUGGAUGGGUGGUUUUUAUAUAAGUAGGUUUAGUGGGUGAAUGGGUGGUCUUAUGUUAGUGGGUGGAUGGGUGGUCUUAUGUAAGUUGGUUUAGUGGGUGGAUGGGUGGUCUUAUGGAAGUCGGUUUAGUGGAUGGAUGGGUGGUCUUAUGUUAGUGGGUUUAGUAGAUGGCUGGGUGGUCUUAUGUUAGUGGGUUUAGUAGAUGGAUGGGUGGUCUUAUGUUAGUGGGUUUAGUAGGAUGGGUGGUCUUAUGUUAGUGGGUUUAGUAGAUGGCUGGGUGGUCUUAUGUUAGUGGGUUUAGGAUGGAUGGGUGGUCUUAUGUUAGUGGGUUUAGUGGAUGGAUGGGUGGUCUUAUGUUAGUGGGUUUAGUGGAUGGAUGGGUGGUCUUAUGUUAGUGGGUUUAGUGGAUGGAUGGGUGGUCUUAUGUUAGUGGGUUUAGUAGAUGGAUGGGUGGUCUUAUGUUAGUGGGUUUAGUGGAUGGAUGGGUGGUCUUAUGUUAGUGGGUUUAGUAGAUGGAUGGUGGGUCUUAUGUUAGUGGGUUUAGUAGGUGGAUGGGUGGUCUUAUGUUAGUGGGUUUAGUAGAUGGAUGGGUGGUCUUAUGUUAGUGGGUUUAAUGGAU